GGCGCGCGCACCAACUGUCAAACUGUGACGUUACCCACGGCUGAAGUAAUCGCCAAUUUGAUGUGAAAAUAACAUAAAUUUUGACAAAUACUAGAAAUUCCAUGAACUGAUUAAAUUGUAAUACAGUGAUUUUGUUUUAUUGUAGUCGAAAUUCCAGCAUGAAGUGAAGUUGUAUAGAGAUUGCUGUGAGUCCGGAAGUUUGCCGCAGUCCUUGUAAUCUCAUGUCAUUGUCUUUUGUGUUGUUUACAAAAAUUCUUCGUUCACAACAUGAGAUGAAAUCGUAUGAACCAUGGUGUUUUUGUGCUUAGUGCGUUGAACAUAGUGAUACGAGGUAGAAACAUGAUCGAUAGAAGUUCAUUAUAACUAAAAACAAUGAUAGAUAAACAUGUCGAGAUGCCUGCGGAUAUUUCGAGCCUACUCCUUCAGGUUUACGAGGAGACACUCGACCAUAUUUCUUGGAGUGUUCUUCAUACUCAGUGUUACUAUAAUCCUGCAGCUGUACGCAUACAGGCACCACGAGCACCCGCACCCACCUCCCAGUGUCGGUGACUUUAACUAUAGUCCAGGCGCCUUCUUGCGAGGUAAACAGCCCGGAAACAUAAGUUACUGUCUCUUCAACUAUGGCCUUCCUCAUGGUCUAAAUUGGAGCAAAAUCUCAGUACUUCCGUCCCCAGAAACUGGAAGUAGGAGUGAGUAUGGAGUCAUAUACAAUGCCGUUCAAAGUAUCACGUAUAUGAACGUCAGCAAAGUUGACGCGGUGACGUAUGUUACUCAAGCGACACCUGAAUUCUUGUACCAUGUCGUGGAAAUAGCGAAGUUUUGGGAUGGGCCCAUUAGCGUCGCCGUGUUCGUACCUGACUACGACUUAGAUAUUGCUAUGCAGAUAUUGAACCAUCUAUGCCAUUGCUAUCCGAUGAUGGCUAAAGUUUCGGUUCAUUUAUUUUUCCCGAAACGAAUAACGAAGCCAAGGUUGAGGACGUUGCAAGAAAUACAGAUGUCUUUAACCACUGUACCAACGCCGACAUUUGAAUCUUCCAAUUUAAAUGCUUCAGAACUUUUCAAACGGAAAUUGGAGAAUUACCGCAAUUUGACUAACAAUACGAGAGCAGAAUACAUUCAGAAAGCGAGAAAGAACAAAAUUGAACGCAUGAUGAUGAGGAUACCAAACACAGGACCCCUACCGCCUCAUAUAAAAUUCGAGGACUGUUCUAGUUCAGGUUUAGAAAAUGUCCAAACGUACAGAAAAGUGAAACUAAUGACGUACCCAAUUAACGUCGGUAGGAACGUUGCGAGAAACGCAUCGACGACCAAUUAUUUCUUAGUGUCUGAUAUAGAAAUGGUGCCAAGCAAUGGUUUGGCGACGAAAUUUUUGAAGAUGAUUAGAAAGUUGAUGGGUGAUGAGAAGAGAGAUUCUGGAUGUGUGUUUGUGAAGACGGUGUUCGUGGUGCCACUGUUCGAGGUGGUGAGAGGAGAGCAAAUACCUCGCAACAAAAGAAAGUUGAUUCAGAUGAUAACUGCGAACCGUGCUACGUACUUCCACCAGCACGUGUGCCCACAUUGCCAGCGGUUUCCAGGGUUACAGACCUGGUUACUAAGACCUGAACGAGAUGUGGUGGAGCCAAUGCUAAUAGCAAGGAGGGAGUAUCCAUACCAUAGAUGGGAGCCUCUUUACUUCGGUACCAACAAAGAGCCUUGGUACAGCGAGUCUCUGUGUUGGGAAGGUUUACAGGACAAAAUGACGCAGAUGUUGGAGAUGUGUCUACAAGAAUACCGGAUGGUAGUCCUAGAUGGAGGAUUCUUAUCUCACGCAGCAAUGCCAAGAAUAAAGAAACAUAGGAAAAGAGAUGAGAAACAGAACUCGGCGCAGUACUGGAAAAUUAUCGAGUGGUUAAAGAAAAAAUAUGACGACAGGCAGGAAUGUAAGCUAAUGUGGGGUUCACGGCUGAAAAAUAAGUGAAAUUAAUACAAAAAGCAACUGAAUCAAAGAUUUAAGAGUUCCUCAGGGAAGUAUGCUCGGUCCUUCGUUAAUUUGAAGAAGACGUAAUAUUGUAAUGUUUUGAAACGCACAGAACUGAUACACAUUUUUUUACUUUAAUUAAGAAGACCACGCUUUGUAUGCUCUGAUUGGUAAAUAUACAGAACAGCUUUGCCUUUUUAUUGCACAGUGAUAAGACAUUUUCAUUCAGAUACUUUUGUGAUUUAUCUUAAAGCGUGUGAUAAAUUUCGUAUAAAAGAUUACGGAAACAAGAAUACGUGUUAUUUUAUAUAACAAUGGCCUAUAAAUCUUUAUUCAGAUAUGAUUAGUCUUGAUUUAAAGUUUAAUUCUAACAUCAAUCUAAGACAGUGAAUGUUUUUUAUACCGAAAUGACAAAUAUAACGUAAAUCUUUUAAUGUCUGUAAUCGGUUGAUCUGAUUGCUACACACUGAACUCUUAAUAGGAUAUUUGUGGAAAAUCCUCAAUAUCAGUCUGAACCGAGAUCGAGGUAGUCGCUCUUGCGACCAUUGCUUGCAAAGUAAGGUUGAUAAAAAAAACUGAGACGGGCUAAAGCUAAGGAGUUUCCUAGGCAAGUACCUCAUUGCUGCUCCUUUAUUUUUGGCGUAGCCAUUACUGUAUUGGCACCCAUGUCUCACAGUGUCGCGGCAUCCUCUUGUAACCUGGUACCCUAGGCGCUUACUUAGUCUGCCCUAGGGUUUUACGCUCUGAAGAAAAGUAUACCAAAUUAUACAAUGUGAUAGGGGUGAGACUUCUAACCUGUUAAGGCUGAGUACUACAUCUAAUUUUAUCGACAAAAGUCGGGGGUCGAAGGGGUCGAAUCCCCUCCCCUUAAAAGUUAACCCCUCCCCCUAAAAGUUAUGGCUAUUUUAAUAUUUUUUUUACUUUUUUUGAUAUCAAAGGUUGUAUGCGUCGUAGAAACAAAAAAAAAACGACAAACGGUAGCUAAUAACCUUGGCUAACUAAUUCAUUACUUUUUUCAUAUGUUUGAUAAUGUUUUGGUGAGAAAAAAAAAUCAUUUGUGAAUAAUUUUUACCGAAAAAAUCACUAUUUUCCAAUAUUUUCAAUUAGGGGUUCAACCCCCCAUAUUAUUUUUUUUGUCGAUAAAAUUAGAUGUAGUACUCAGCCUUAACGGGUUAGAAGUCCCACGCCUAUCACAUUGUAUAAAUUGGAUACAAGUGCAUGAGAAUAAAAGGACUAAGGACCAUCUAAAGUUGUCAGAUAGCUGUGUUUGUUCAAAUACAUAGUUAUUGUACUUGUCAGUAUCAAAAUCGAAGUAAUAUUAUUUCAAAGGUAUUUGUAAUAUGCCAAAGCUUAUUGUGAUAUGUUGUUGUUAUUCUUAAAUUAAUUUUGUUUUAUGAUGUUCUAAUUGAGGUUGAAGAUGUUUGUACCAUUAAUGAUUUCCUUUUCGGCAAAUAUUUUUUUAAUUCGGUUUGGUGCAAUCGUUUGGGAGUUAUGCGUAUAUAUUUUGGCGAUUUAUUUUUGUAGGUUAGCUGUAAAAUAACAAAAAAUAUUUUACUAGUUAAAACGAAUAUAUCCUAAAUGUACCUUUUAAAAAACUUUAUGUUCCUAAUUACAUAAAUACAGAGAUGUUAAACAUUGUACAUUUAAUUUAUUAAUGAAAUAUUUAAUAGCGGUUUUAUGUAAAUCACGGCUUAUUUCGUGGUCGUCUAAGAAUGAUUAACAGGCGUAUAUUAAAAUGGAAUUGUUUUUAUUUCACUGGCUUUUAUAUAUUUUAUUCAUGUUUGAUAGAAAUUAUGAUAAUUUAUACAGUUAUUGCAGUGUUUAAGAUGUUUAUUGAAAUGAAACCCCGCUGUAGAGCUGUAUAUACCACGGUCUUCUAAUGUGGAAACUUCGUCCUAAAUAAAGAUUUUAAUAUUAUUAGAUGCA